GCAGAGCCAUGAGGCGCGCGGGGCUGGGUGAUGGAGCAGCUGCAGGGAGCUAUGGCUAUACCAACAGUGGCUACAGUGUUUAUGAAGAAGAGAAUGACAGGUUAACAGAAAGCCUGCGUACAAAAGUCAGUGCCAUCAAAUCGCUUUCCAUUGAAAUUGGAACAGAAGUUAAAAACCAGAAUAAAAUGUUAUCAGAAAUGGAGAAUGAUUUUGACUCUACGGGUGGACUUCUAGGUGCAACUAUGGGCAGACUGAGAACACUCUCCAGAGGAAGCCAGACAAAGCUAUUAUGCUACAUGAUGCUCUUUUCAUUAUUUGUUUUUUUUGUAAUAUACUGGAUUAUUAAACUGAGGUGAUGCAUGUUACCUCUGGUUUACACUGACUAAUUUCAACUGUAGUCUUGGUUACUGAAGACAUUGAUUUAAAGUGGCACAUUUUGUGGAUGAAACAGUGGAAUUGUUGUAAAUUGCAUUAACAAUUAAUGCGAAGUUAUAUAUAGUUUUCUUAAUGUAUCAGACUUUUUCCAUCAUCCCCUUUUUUGGGGGGAUUAUUUGUAAAUAUGCAGAAACUACUAGAGUAGUGGGAUGGAUUUUUUUAGGGGAAGAUAGAUUUUAGAAUUGAUUGAAAAAAUUAAAAGAACGAUGGUUAUUUGAAAAAAGUAAUUGCAGAAUUUCAAGGCUUUUUUUUCAUUCUGUUUUCAUUCUGGGCCAUGCUCUAAAUUAGAGCUCCGGUUUCAAGCAUAUAGUAAUUCCAGUUGCAAAAGCAUAAAGAAUAUGUGGAUCUUUCUAAAUAGAUCUUACCUGUGGAUUUUUAAAAGGCUGGCCUGAAGCUAGCAAAUGUAAUAGUGGUAUCCCCAAAAAUUACUUCCUGAUGUUUAAGUAGUUUAAACUGCAUGUUUUGGCAAGAAGUUACUUAAAACUGGAUUUUUAUUUUUUAAUUUAAAUGUGAUAGAUUGUGUUUACACAUCUACUCUUCUUAGCAAAUGCCUUUCAUCAUUGGGACCAACCAAUAUGGACACAGUACAAAUAUUUUCUUUAUAUUUAAAGUAUUUAAAAUUGAAAUGAUUCUAUUGAAUCACUUGAACUUUUACCAUUAGUAUGUUUACUUUUUAAUUAAUGAUAGUCCCUAAAUCUACAGUGCAUGAUGUCUGAAAUACAAUGGCAGAUAUUUGGAAUUUUAUAUUAAAGUAUAUUAUGAUGCAUUUGUUGGAGGUGCAGUCACAUUAAGGUACUUUAUUUUGAAAUCUUUGGCUCACCAAGUAGUUUCUAAUCAUUGAGGCUAUUAUAUUGCUGAGUUUAACAUUCAAAAAAAUUAAGUUUCCUAGAUAUUGAAAUUGUAUCUAUGAUUUUUGAAAAACUUUUCUAGAAAUACUGUAUGAUGUGUUACCAUUAAUAACCAAUUAUAAACUUACAAAUAAAGUGUCCUGUAGUGUUA